AUGGCAGCGGGUGACGUGGAUGUACCAAGCGAACGAAAUGUAGAGGAAAAAGACAAACAGUUUGAGACGAUUGAGGUAGAAGCAUCGGGAACCGCGACAGUCCUUGACAAAAUGACUGAUGAGCUGGAUUUAUCUGCGGGAGACCUAGAGUUGUUGCGAGAAGCGCGUCGCCGAAUGACCCGGCGCAUCAGUACAGUACUGCAAGAGUAUGGUGGUGCGUUUAAAGGUUUUCAAUCGCGGUACAAAUCGGUAAAGACAAAUGAUCUCCGCGUUACAACAAUUGAAGGUUGGUUCGAUCUCGAGUUUUCAAUCUUGUCGAUUCCGGCCUGCAGGAGCAAGCACUUCAACAAGUUCGGCAUCCUGUAUGCUCCUUACGGCAAGAAAUUGAAGUACCGAGAGGACAUGAAGUAUCUCCGUGAGGAUAGGACGUUCGAUGCGGUCCGAAUUCCGCGGACCUUGGACAUAGGUCAGAUCGGAGCGGAGGUGCUAUUGGAGAUGAAUAACCAGAUGAGUUACACCAGAUACCUCAUGCUGGAUGACCCACCCCCGCCAGGGGCGGUGCCUCCUGAUCCGAGCCCGUCUAGCGAGGUUCCAGCUCCGGUGCACUUUACCAUUCCUGACGUAGCUGCAUUAUUUUGGGAUGCGAACCGGGCACUAGGAAUCAUCCAGGGAGACAUCGACCUGUUCUGCAUCCGCAUCAUGAAAGACGGCCGUCCUUGCAUGGAGAAAAUAGCCAUCGACAUAGACACUGCAACCCUCUGGCUCUACCCUGUGGACGUCUCUCAAGCGCCAGUCAUCAAGCCCCUCAGCCUCAAACCCAUCAAAUGCAUUAUAGACAGCACCAUAGAGACCCAACCGGGAAUGAACUGCCCGAACUUCAUGCAAUUCAUCGACAGACUCACCACCGACGACCCAGUACCUAAUCCAGACCUGUGUUUCCAUAUCACGCACAGGGAAAGACCCAAACAUAAACUCGAUGAUAUCGUCCACAGCAACUCUCCAGAAGAAGUCCGUUCAUUCAGCAUGGGCUUCAUUGUUCCGUCCCUUCUCAUCCGAAACGAAUUGGUCUUCGUUCUUAAGACCUGGGCCGCCAUGCACAAAGCAAGCAAACCCGAACUAAUGAAGCUCCUAGGCAUAUGUUCCUAG